CGGGAUAGUCUCACUUUAGUGUUUACAGCAUGAUGUGGAGAGAGUUAAUUGAAAUAAAAUAGCUUAAUUUGAUUACUAUGGCUAGUUAGCAGAUGCGCCCUUGUCUAUAUGAUAGAGUGACAUAUCAAGCUGUAAGGACACCACCACUCUUUGAAGAUGUCUGAUACUUGCCUUGAACCUGCUGGAGCUAUCAAAGCUAUUGAUAAACACUCAGUGCAUCAAAUCUGCUCAGGACAAGUGGUGUUGAGUUUAGCUACUGCUGUCAAAGAGCUGGUGGAGAACAGCAUUGAUGCAGGAGCCACCAGCAUUGAUGUCAAAUUAAAGGAGUGUGGAGUUGAACAACUGGAAGUGUCAGACAAUGGCAAAGGUGUUGAGGAGGCUAACUUUGAAGGACUAACACUGAAGCAUCACACAUCGAAGUUAAGGGAUUUCUCCGAUCUCAUCCAUGUGGAGACAUUUGGCUUCCGGGGUGAAGCUCUAAGCUCUUUAUGUGCUUUGAGUGACCUGAGUGUGAUUACGUGCCAUGAAUCCAGUCAGAUAGGCACUAAGCUAGUGUUUGAUCAGAAAGGCCAUCUUGUGCAGCGGUCGCCUCAUCCCCGGCAGCAAGGAACAACAAUAACACUGCAGCAGCUCUUCUACACCCUACCUGUUCGACACAAGGAGUUCCAACGCAAUAUUAAGAAGGAGUAUGCCAAAAUGAUACAUGUCCUGCAGGCCUACUGCAUCAUCUCUACAGGAGUGCGCAUUACCUGCUCCAACCAAAACGGGCAGGGAAAGCGCAGCACUGUCCUCAGCACCAGCGGCAGCCAAGCCAUGAGAGACAACAUCGGGGCCAUAUUUGGACCAAAACAGCUCCAGAGUCUUCUACCUUUUCAGCAAAUGUCUCCUUCAGAAAAUGUCAUUGAAGAAUAUGGAAUCAAGGACGCUGAUCUACCCAAACAGCUUUUUUCCAUCACAGGGUUUGUGUCUCGGGGUGACCACGGUGUUGGGCGUAGCGCCACAGACAGGCAGUUCUUUUUCAUCAACAACCGGCCAUGUGACCCACAUAAGGUCACCAAACUUGUGAAUGAAGUUUACCACAUGUAUAACAGACAUCAGUAUCCAUUUGUUGCGUUGAACAUAGCUGUUGCCUCAGAGUGUGUGGAUGUGAAUGUAACCCCAGACAAACGACAGAUUUUCCUUCAGGAGGAGAAACUCUUGCUGGCUAUCCUAAAGACCUCUCUCAUCGCUAUGUAUGAGGCAGGAGUCAAUAAGAUCAGCCUGAACUAUGCACCUGCAGCCAUUGAAUCAUGUUCGUCUGAACCAGUUGUCUGGUCAAAUGGGAGUAAGACAGAACCAGAAGAUGGUCAAACUGGGAGUCCAAGCCCAAAAUCAUCUAUGAACCUGGCCGCCCUCAAAGCUGCCUUUUCAAAUCAGAACAUUUUCAUUUCUGGCAACAAAUCAAGAACUGAAAAAGCUUCCAGCGGCGGUGCAACACAGAAAACCCUGCAGAGUUUUUUUAAGGACUCUGUGAAAGCUUCUGCCUGCAGUCCAAGUGUGAAGUCUCCUUUAAAAGCCACAAGAGAGAUGGCUAAAUGCUCGCCAGUGGGAAGAUCUGUGCUGGAUGGUUUUAGGUAUGGGAGGUCAUGCAGUGAUGCAGAUUCUGAGAAAGACAAUGUUGUUUCCAGGUGUGACUUUAUGACAGAAAUUACAGAUAUGCAGAGUUCUGGUCUGGAGUCCACCUCUCUUAAAGCAGUUAUAGACAGCAGCAGUAUAGAAGAUGGAUCGCUUGUAGAGACAUUACACAAUAGUGACCACGUUCCUGAAAGCCCAGAGUUACAGACUGAAAUGUGCUUAUCUAAUAAGGACUCUGCUGUGAGCCCAGAAGCUAAAAGAGCCAGGGUAGAAAAACCAGAUAUCCCUUCAGAACAAGAAUCCAACACAUUUACAAACCACAUGGAUAAAACUUCCUUAAUGCUGGAUGCGCCGGUCUGCCUAAAGAAAAGAACAGUACAUUUGAAGUUCUGUUUACAAGAGCUGGCAGGAAACAUGAGGAGAUUGCAGGAGCAGCAGAAACACAGAAUCGUUGAAGAGCUGCGAUUCAGACGCUUCAGGGCCAAGAUCAACCCUGGAGAAAACCAAAGUGCAGAAGAAGAGCUCAAGAAAGAAAUCAAUAAGGAGAUGUUUAAAGAAAUGGAGAUCAUCGGCCAGUUUAACCUGGGUUUUAUCAUCACCAAACUGAACUCGGACAUCUUCAUAAUUGACCAGCACGCCACAGAUGAGAAAUAUAACUUUGAGAUGUUACAGCAGCACAAUGUGCUACAAGGACAGAAACUCAUUGUCCCACAGAAACUUCACCUCACUGCAAUUAAUGAGAACGUACUCUUGGAGAACAUUGAGAUUUUCCGAAAGAAUGGCUUUGAGUUUCUGGUUGAUGAGGAUGCUCAGGUAACGGAGAGAGUUAAGCUGGUCUCGCUGCCCACCAGUAAAAACUGGACCUUUGGUCCUGCAGACAUUGAGGAGUUGAUCUUCAUGCUGACUGACAGCCCAGGUGUCAUGUGUCGCCCGUCUAGAGUCAGACAGAUGUUCGCCUCCAGAGCUUGUCGGAAAUCUGUGAUGAUCGGCACUGCUCUGAGCGUGAGUGAGAUGAAGAAGCUUCUGUUUCACAUGGGCGAGAUCGAGCAUCCAUGGAACUGUCCUCAUGGCAGGCCGACCAUGAGGCAUCUCGCUAACUUGGACAUCAUCUCCCAAGACUGAUGCAGUAAAACAUGGACUGCCUGAGUAUUUCACUUGACACCUGCUUUAUAAAAGUGGACUAUGCUUUUACUCCAGUUGAGUUCUAUUAAACAUCAUUUCAGUUUUUUUUUUUUUUAUAUUUUCUACAUCUGACAUGUAGUAUUUGAUGUUUUUGUUAUAAUCUCUGUAUUGGUGUGUUCUGGAUUUAUUCAACUUUCACCUCUUUUUUCUAAAUGGAAAUAAAUAGGGAAAAAUACAUUAUGGUCAAAACACCAAUCUUGUUUUCUCGAAAGCUGAGCCAGUACAGGAAGAAAUAAGUCAUGUUUUUAGACGUUUUGGAAAGAAAAUGUCAGAAAUAUGGAUUUAGGUCAUCAUAUUGCUUCAGUAUGAUCAAUUGAAAUUUAUGAAAAUCAACUCAGAUAAUGCUCAGUUUGCAAGAACAGAAAGAAAUCAAUACUUGUUAGUCAAAAUAUUUGUAUUGCCAUAAGUUAUGUAGUUACAUCAGCACCUAUGACAUCUAUAGGUACUAUGUAGCUAAAUAUCAGUUAAUUUACUUUUUCUGAGGUUUAAGCUAUUUUUCAAUAAAAAAAAAUUGUUGGAGUUGUA